AUGGGGGCUUUCAUCGCCAAGAUGCUGCUUCCGACCGUCAGCAGCCUGGUGCUCCUGCCGACAGCCGGCGUGGCCGCCAAGAGGGGCUUCCACAUGGAGGCCAUGGUCUACUUCUUCACCAUGUUCUUCACUGCGAUUUUUCACGUCUGUGACGGUCCGGGUCUCUCCAUACUGUGUUUCAUGAGAUAUGACAUCCUGGAGUACUUCACUGUUUACGGGACGGCGCUCUCAAUGUGGGUCACACUUAUAGCUCUGGCAGAUUUUGAUGAACCCCAGCGCUCAAGUAUGACGAUGUUUGGAGUGCUGACCAUUGCUGUUAGGAUCUACCAGGACCGCUGGGGUUAUGGAAUCUACUCUGGCCCGAUCGGAUCGGCCGUCUUCAUCAUCACAAUCAAAUGGCUGCAGAAGAUGAAACAGCUGAAGGCGGUUUAUCCGGAGAAGACGGUGUACACGCAGCAGGUUGGUCCGGGCUGCUGCUUCGGUGCUCUCGCGCUGAUGCUCCGUUUCUACUUUGAGGAGUGGGACUACGCCUACGUCCACAGCUUCUACCAUCUGUCCCUGGCUGUUUCCUUUGUGCUGCUGCUGCCCAAGAAGAACCGCUACGCAGGGACUGGACAAAAUGCUGUGAAGCUCAACUGUUUAACUCUCUGCUGUUGUACCAUGACUCCUGCUUCUUCUAAGGAGAAGACAGAGAAACCAAAGAAGAAGUUGUCUCGGUCAGUGUGGACGGUCCCCAUCAAGAAGCCAUGGGCACGAGAGGCUAGCUCACCCACCCUGCCUCUGUACAGUCCCCCACCCUCCACACCUGUCAAAGGGACCAGCAUCAGCAAGCUCAAAGAGAUGAACGGCUGGAAGUGA